AUGGCCUUACCAACUCCAGUACCUGUUUUGUUUGAUGAGAACCAACAGAUAAAUAGAGGUAAGAUGGCUGAUGGACUAAGGGCCAAAGGGCUGAAGCCAUCCGAGAAUCCUGGCAAGCAAGGGAGGAGAGCUCUUCAUGAUUUGUCCAACGUUUCUAAAGGCACUGGUUUGAAGGACACUUCCACCCUGAAAGAGAAGUCCCGGCAGAAGCCUCGUAGUAAUGUGACCAACACUAUUAAAGGCACUGCUUUGAAGGACAAGCCCAUCCUGAAAGAGAAGUCCACCCAGAAACAGAGGUCAGAAGCUCUUAAGAACCCGCUGAAAAUUUUAACUGAUGCAGAGAUCAAAAUGUGCCAUGAGUGGGCCAAGGAUGGGGUGGAGGGAUUUCACUCGACACAAAAUGAUUCUCACAAGUUGGAUGAGGAUCUGCUAGACAAACGUGUCAAGAAGAAAGUGGUAGCGGUAAACUCAGCCCUGCGUGGUUGGUCAGAUACAGUAUUUGAUUCACUAAAGUUUCCAGUUAAGGAGGUUGCUGAGUUUUUUAAUGAACCAAAUGUGCUGGAGCUGGAACCUGAGAUUCUCCCGGACAUCAGUUGGCCUUGUGACUUCCAUGCAGAUGAUAAAGCAAAGAUUGCUGAAGACUGUCUUGAUGAGCUUGACCAGUACCCUUCUUUGGAGAACAGUCCAGUUAUUUUUGAGCUGAGAGAUGACGAGCCAGCCAUCCCGCAGCUGGGAGUGUAUUGA